UUUAGGACAUAAGACCUUGUAGGAAGGAGCUGGAGAGUAUCCUUAAUAUACACGUAAACAUUUCCUCUAUGAAUUUCAUGGCCUAAAAUAAAUUAUGGAUCCAUGAUUGUUUCGAAAUUUCCGGGAAAAUUAACUUUUAUGGCACAAUUUUAUAAGCGCUCCAACUUGCCACCGUAGUGGCGGAGAACGAUUAAACUAUAUUCUCGGUGGGGGUAAUCUCCGUUUUUCUUGUCCCGCAGUACUGUUCCUUCCCAAUAAGGCAAGUUUACAUAUUGACCAGUGCUCAUAUUAUUUCCUUCCUUGCCGCCAUUUUCUCUUUGUUCACUUCUCUGGUCUUUUUCUCCGAGAGAAAAACAGAGACAUGGCGAGGUGGUUGGAGCUUCCUAAGGCACUAUGGGAGCUAAUCUGUAAAAAGCUUGACCCGGUGGCCUGCCACCGGUUUAGUGGUACGUGCUCAUCCUUCCAAUCACUUGCAAUUGAAAAUCAGUGUUGCCUCCUUUCCAGCCCACUGCUAAUGCUUCCAGGGAAGGAAAGCUCGAUACCCAGAGAAUUCUACAGCGUUUAUGACGGCAGAACAUGUGAAAUCAACCUCCCAGAACUUCAUGGUAAGUGGUGCCUUGGCUCAUCUUAUGGCUGGUUGUUCACAGUAGAUUCAACUUCUGGUGAGAUCAGCUUAUUGAAUCCUAUAACGAGGGCUCAAAUUCAACUUCCACCACUCUCUACUUUCAGUGAUCCCCCCGGCCUACGUGAGGAGGAGCGAGGAGAAAGGAAUAUCAAGUACAUAGAGAGGGCCACCAUAUCGGAAAAUCCGAGCAUUAGCAAUGAUUUUGUUGUGAUAGCCAUAUUUACAGACCUCAGAGUUUUUGCUUUCUGCAAACCCGGUGACAAAAAUUGGACUACUUUAACAAAGCAGGGUGAUCACUGUGAAGAUGUUAUUUUUCACAAGAAAAAGUUUUAUGCUAUAACCAAUUGGGGCGCUCUUAAAAGAUGGGAACAUUGUCAUGUCGACGCCCCUGUUGAGACAAUAAUUCCGGCACCAAAAGAUGAAGAGUGCCUUCGUCGGUACUUGGUGGAGACUCCCGACGGGGGGCUUUUGAAGGUUUGUAGGCAUAUAGAAUGGGAAGAAGAUGAUGAAGAUGGCGAUGUAGGCCAUAGCCAUACGUUAACCUUCAAGGUUUGUAUAUUGGACGAGAAUGGAAAAAGGUGGGUUCGGGUGCAAAACUCGGAGCUGGCUUUGUUCGUCGGGUAUAAUCGCGCAAUAUGUGUAUCGGCCAUUGACUGUCCAGGAGGGAUCCAAGCAAAUAGCAUUUACUUCACGGAUGAUUACUUUGAAGGCUAUUAUGAGAGCCCGUGUGGGUGCUUCGACAAUGGCGUGUUCAGUUUGGAGGAUGAGAGCAUCAAACAGAUCUGCAAGAAACCUCCUGUUUGGUCUACUCCAUGCAUUUGGAUUAGUCCUACCCCUCGAUGAAGGGGAUAUUGCAGACUACUGAUCAUGUGCAUUUUAAUGUUUAAUUAAAUCAAUGAAAUUAAUCAUCAAUAUAUUUCGUUUUCAUAAUUUAAUUUCUUGUUAUAAAUUUAUCACGUGUUAUUAUUUUGAAUAAUUGUCACUCUCAAUUAUGAUGUGUGAUGUGAAAUUUGAAGAAAAUGGACGAUUAUAUAGAAAGGAGCCUACCAA